CUUCGGUCUUGAAUGUCGCAUAUGCAGCAACAAAGUCAAACUUCUCUCCCGUUCAAUUGAUUCUUACGACUCGCUGUCAACUGCUCAAGAUGCCACCAACACACAUUUCCGGCACCUCACGGGCCCUCUACCGCGUCUUCAUCGCUCCAAACCUACGCAACACAACCUCCAUCCCACUUCUCUACGCCCCAGCAUUUGCGCCGACAUCGUCUCCCACCUCCCUCUCCUCGUCGACACCCAGCCUUACGAGCCGAACUUCAACCCGCGGCAUAAAAUACACAAAAGACACACGCCGCCAUGCCAUCUCCGACUACUACGUCAUCGACCAAGCCAUCGAAGCCGACCUCAUAAACCUCGUAGACGAAGAGGGCGUUUUCCACAACAACGUCCCACUCGACGAGGCACUGAUAAGUUUCAACAAAGUCACCCACCACCUCGUACAAAUGACGCCAGGGAAAUACAACGAAGAUGGCAACCUAGACCCGAACAGCCUACCAACAUGCCGCGUCAUUUCCAAAAUCGAUCUCCGCGCACAACACCAAAAGAAACUCGAGACGCUACGACGGCAAGCCAAGGGCCAGGGCGCAGGACCUGCUACAAAAUCCCUAGAACUGAACUGGGCGAUAGCGGCGGGCGACCUAAAGCACAGGCUGGUGGCUAUGAAAAAGUUUCUGAAGGAGGGGCGCAAAGUCGAGGUUACACUCGGGCCGAAGAAGCAUGGCAGAAAAGCGACACCGGAAGAAGCGAAUGCGGUUUUCAAGGCCAUUGAGAACGCGGUGGCUGAUUGUAAGGGAGCUAGGGAGACUAAGAGGGAGGGGGAGGUUGGCGGAAUUAUGACGGUUGUGUAUGAAGGCAAGAAGGUGGAGAAGAAGGAGGGUGAUGAUGAGGCGGCUUGAGAGAGCUUUGAGAUGAAUUGGACAAGCAAACCUAGGGAAACCCUUGCCACGCGCUCCCGAGGCGAACGCCGAGCCGCGGACGACGGGGAUGAAGAUGAAACAUGCGGGAACGGAGGGCCGGAGAAAGCACGUGAGCAGUUUUCAUGCCAUGUAGUAUACUGUACAACACAACCCACCUAC